AUGCCGCUCUGUCUCACCUUCAUCGACUUAAAGAAGGCUUUCGACUCGGUUGAGACGGAAGCGGUCGUGGAAGCCUUGGACAACCAAGGCGUCCCUACUCAGUAUAUUAAGGUACUUCGAGAGUUGUACAGUAACUUCACGACCGGAAUUUCGCCAUUCUACAAGAACAUCAUCAUUGACGUGAAGAGGGGGGUCCGACAGGGUGAUACAAUUUCACCCAAAAUAUUCACAGCCACCCUCGAGAACGCAAUGCGAAAGUUGGAAUGGGACGACAUGGGAGUGAAGGUUGAUGGUCGGCAGCUACACCAUUUGCGCUUUGCUGAUGACAUCGUACUGGUAACACCUAGCAUCAGCCAAGCGGAACGAAUGCUGACCGAAUUCGACGAAACAUGUGGAUGCAUCGGUCUUCAGCUGAAUCUACAAAAGACGAUGUUCAUGCGGAACGGAUGGGUCUCGGAUGCCCCAUUCACGCUCAACGGAACGAACAUAUCCGAAUGCACCAGCUACGUUUAUCUGGGUCGGGAACUGAACAUGAUGAACGACCUGACCCCCGAGCUGGGCAGGAGGAGACGAGCGGCUUGGGGAGCGUACAAGAGCAUCGAGGAUGUAGUGAAGAAGACCAGGAACACCCGGCUCCGUGCUCACCUCUUCAACACCACCGUACUUCCUGCUUUGACCUAUGCUUCGGAAACCUGGGCAUUUCGCAAGCAGGAAGAAAACGCGGUGAGCGUCAUUGAACGCGCAAUUGAGAGAGUGAUGCUAGGAGUAUCCCGUUUCACGCAAGUGAGGAACGGGAUUCGAAGUUCCCUCCUACGUCAGCGAUCGAAGAUUAGAGACGCCGCCGCGUUUGCCAAGGAAAGUAAAAUAAGGUGGGCCGGACACGUGAUGCGCUUUGAUGACAACCGCUGGACCAGAGCCGUGAGCGACUGGGUUCCCCGCGAUAUUAAGCGCACUACAGGAAGACCGCCGACCCGAUGGUCAGAUUUCUUCACGAAGUCCUUGAAAGAAAAAUAUGAUGCUCUUCGUGUCCCACGCGAAAGGAGGAACCACUGGGCUACUCUGGCACGCGAUCGGGACAAAUGGAAGAAUUACUGGCGCCCGCUCGACUAG